CAUGUCAUCUAUUUUGAAUAAAUUUAAGAAAUAAACACAAUCUGAGACUCCAAGUGCAAUCAAAUUAGAAAAUACUUCUUUCGGUUAAUAAACAGGGACAUAUUAACCUCCAGUCAUCCCUGCUAUUUAAUUACCAUAAUCAAAUCAACCUAGAUAAAAAGGAAGACCAGGAGGAGGUAAAAAUAAAUAAAUUACAAAUUAGGUUGGGAUGAUGAACCUUAAUCUUAGCCAGAAUAAAUUAGUAUUUCAAAUAAUAAAGCAACCAACUCAAUUAAUUUAUUAAAUAAUACUCCACCAAAAUAGAAUGAAUAAUAAAAUAAUAUUGAUGUUCUUUUGCCACCUUAACCUGUUAUAGGAAAUAUUUAAUUGAGCAGAAUCACGGAUUACAAAAAAGGUUAAUUGUUAACUUAUGAAGAAUUGGAAUUAGGAGGAUUGUAAGAUAUAUCUCAAAAUUUAGUGAUUAUGAAUUUCAUCUGGUUGAUGAAGUAAUUAAAUUGGGUGGUAUCAAAUUAAAGUAAAGUGACAAUGUUCUUAAAGAAUUUACUAGAGCAAUUUCAACUAUUUAAGAAUAACUUAUAGGUAGCAUACUUUUAAAUAAAUUGCAUAGUGAAGAUAAUUGGAAAGUAUAGAUUGUAAGAUAUCCUUAUAAUUAUUAGAGAUGUAUAUAUGCUAUUCAAUAUGUGUGUCAAUAAUAUUAAAAUUAUAGAGAAUUCUUUUAAAUGAAUUAAUAAUAUCUGAGAGUUGAAACUGAUUAAUAAUUAUUAUCAGGAGCUAUUGAUUAGACAUUAGCAGAAGUGAAUGGUUAAUAAGUUUAAAAGUAAAAAGUAAUUAAUAAUUAAAUUAUUAAAAAAGGAAUUUUAAUUAGAAUUUAGAGAACCACCAAAACCACAAGCUAAUUUAUAAAAUUAAAAACAAAAUUUAAUUGAUAUUUUAGAUACAUCUUAAAAUGAUACAUAAUAAUAGAAAUAAUAAUAAUAAAAACUUAAUUUAAAAUAAUUAAAGAUUAAACAACCUGCUGUUUAAACAUAAUAAUAAUAAUAACCUUUAGUAUAAUAAUAGUAAAUACAAUAAUAAUAAUUAUAAGGUCAAUAGAAAAAUACAUAAUAAAUUAAUUUAUUGGAUGCAUUUAGUGAUUUGUCUUUAGAAAAUUAUAAUUAAUAAUAAUUCUAACCAAUAUAAUAAUAAUAAAUUAAUUAAUAAUAAUAAUAAUAAUAAUAAAAUGGUAUAAGUUUUGAUGAUUUACUUAAUUCAUAAACUACCAAUCAAUAAUAAACUUAACCAAAAAAGAAUGCUUUUGGUUUCAUAAAAAAAGAUUAAUAAUAACAAUAAUAGACAUUCUAAUAACCAAUAAAUUUACUUAAUUCUCCUCCAUAAUAAUAUUAAUAAUAGCCUUAAAUCUAUAAUUAAGUUCCAUAAUUGCAACCAUAAUAUUUAUAUAAUCAAUCUCAAAGCAAUUAAAAUCAAUAGAUUUAUUAACAACCCCAAUAACAAUUUAACAAUUAAUAAUAAUCAUAAAACAAUAAAAAGGAUUUAAUUGAUUUUCUAAAUUUGUGA